AUCGCUCAUCGAAACAGAACGUAAGUUACUGGAAGAUUUCAAUUCGCCUUUAUGGUUUGCAUAUUUGAUGUAACACACACACACGACCGGAACAUCUAAACCGACCCAUUGUAUAAGCGAGCCAAGAGUUUGGUGCACAAAGGACGCGCGUGAACUUGGUUUUGAGUCUAUUCUUCACCCGCUGGUGUGGCUCAGAGGGACGUGUUCGGAGUCUCGGUCUCGGCGUUCGUGUGCCAUCCCUGGAAUCCGGUUUUUUACCCGCAGGACAAAGCAACCUGGACCAACAGGUUACAGUCACGCCUUCCUUGCCUCGAAACCACCUGGACUAUAAAGGCAGCGUGAGAGACACAGGUAGUCAGCACAAGGCGAAGACUAACACGGGAGGAAAGAGCACGAGACUCCCCUAAACGAAGCGAAUACUCUGCACAUCUGAAACUUGAGCCUGACAGGACGAGAGUAACUUUACCCAUCGAAUUUCUGCUAAACUUGAAUACGUUUACUUUUAUUUUUCUGCCACGUUUGAGAACGACACACAGUCGGUCAAAAUGAUGCAAAUGGUCGAAACCUACACGCAGAAGAACUCUCUGCUGAACGCCAUGAAUGGCUUCAUCGGCGCCGUGAACAACAUGGACCAGACGGUGAUGGUUCCCAGCCUGCUACGCGACGUGCCGCUGGAGCACGAGAAGGAGCAGGAGGAGCGCUCAACCGGGAACUACCUGCGGGACGCCGAGGUGGACAUGUUCGGCUACUACACGCAGCUCAAGGCCAUCCGCAACGACAUCCAGUGGGGAGCCCUGGGCCGCGCCGAGGAGAUGCGACGCAAGGAGAAGGAGAGCCUGGCACAAGAAGCCACACGCGCCAAUGACAACGAGGCCAGCGAGGAGGAUGUGGACCUGGAGCAGCUGUUCCGAUUCCACCUGAAGGGCCUGCACGGGGUGCUGUCGAAGCUCACACACCAGGCCAACGAUCUCACCCACCGCUACAAGCAGGAGAUUGGCAUCGCGGGCUGGGGCCAGUGAGAAGACACACACCCUCGCGUGCGUACACACUUCUACCUGCUGCUUGAACGUUCGACCAUGACACUUCCGCAUAGCACAACGCGGAGAUGAGUCGAACUUUAUUUUGUAAAAAAAACUAAGACGUUUCGCAACGAGUUCACAAAGAAAGAAGAGAACGAGAGAAGAAUGAAAGACUGUUUCCAGUUCUACUCCUCCACCCUGCGUCACGAUGUGACAAUUGGAGCACUGUUCUCCGGGAACUCGGUGACUCCUCAAACCGCUUAUGAUUUGCACUGAUUCCGUUGAUUUCCGCUUGACAGACGACAAGCCAUGGCUUAUAGAUAAUAUUUAUUCAUAUUGAUAAUGUAUUAUGUAUGUUUGAAGACUUUUGAAAUAUUUUUAAAAUAUUUCUUUUGGAGUUAGUGUGCGGAAGACUAAUGUCGAAUGAUGCUCUAACUAUGAUUUAACUGACAGGCGUGAGUGUGUGUUUAUGUUAUUAGUGUACACUACAAGAGUGUCAGAGUAUGUCUGUGUGCACUUACAUGUGCUGCAGUAUCUGUGUAACUGUCCGACCUCUAAACACUUCACCAAUCCUGUUAUGUGUAACCAAUGCUCCUUUCUCUAACCAUGGAAGACUUUGUAACUACUGAAGUCAGUGAAUGAUCACAUUUGUGAAUGUGUGUGUGUGUGUGUGUGUGUGUGUGUGUGUGUGUGUGUGUGUGUGUGUGUGUGUGUGUGUGUGUGUGUGUGUGUGUGUGAUGUGUACGGGGAUGUUCAGUGAUGGCUAGUGUGUUUACAUCAGCCUGUGAUCUGACCCUGUGAGAGUCUAUGACCUGGAACCCUCUGAGAAGCCUUUAGAACCCUCUAGAACCAUGAUGAGACCCACGAGACUCUAACAUCACCAGUAACUUGUAUGUCAAAUAUUGUUGAUGCUGUUUGUAAAUAAUUUUUUCCUAUGUUGUUUUUCACUGUAAAUAAAAGUUUGUGAAAAC